AUGGAUUACUACGAGGUGUUGCAUGUUCCGCGUGGUGCCACUGAGCAAGAAAUUAAAAAAGCUUAUCGUAAACUUGCGAUGAAAUGGCAUCCUGACAAAAACAAAAACAAUCAGGUUGAGGCUCAGUAUCGUUUUCAAGAAAUUUCGGAGGCCUAUGACGUCAUGAGUGAUCCAGAACGUCGGGCUGUCUUCGACCAGUACGGUUACGACGGCCUAAAGAAUGGAGUACCGGAUGAAAAUGGCGAUAUGCGUGAUGGAUACGCUUUUAACGAGCGUGCAUCAGAGGACGUUUUUAACAAAUUUUUUGGCACAUCAAACCCAUUUAUGGAUUUUGGAUUCGGUGACACACAGCCAUUUGCAAGUUCCCUGCGUAAUAAGGGUCCUCAGAAAGCUGAGCCAAUCAUGGCUGAUCUAUCAUGUACGCUUGAAGAACUAUUUCUCGGAACAUCUAAGUCGGUAGUUAUUGCGCGCAAGCGCUUGCUGCAUGACGAACUUGUGGACGAUGCCAAAACUUUUUUGAUCAAGAUAAAGCCCGGAUGGAAAGCUGGCACCAAAAUCACGUUUGACCGCGAAGGCAACGAAACUCGAACCAAUGAACCUGGUGACGUAAUCUUCCAAGUCGUACAGCAAGAACACAAUGUGUUUAAACGUGAUGGCGCUCACCUUAUUUUCACAGCAAAGAUUAAACUGAGUGAAGCACUUGGCGAUUACUGUAUCGAAGUGCCGACGCUGGACAGCCGCAAGCUGGCCAUCCCUUGCAAUGAAGUCAUAAGCCCGACCUCGGAGAAAUUAAUCAAGAAUGAAGGUAUGCCAAUCUCCAACCAGCCAGGCUCCCGAGGUGAUCUGCGCAUUCGAUUCAGUAUAACUUUUCCUCGUCAUCUCACAAAACUACAGAAGACGGCACUAGCUAAAGUUUUGGGUUAA